UUUCCACACAGAAACGGGAUUUCGCUGUGUUUUUGAGUCCUGCUCAUUCGUCACAGUGCGUUAGCGGAUGUGAGGCGGUCGGACCGAGCCUCGCGUGCCAAUCCCGCGGACUUUAGACGCUCUCGCACCGGGGCUCUCCACCAGUAUUGUGCGUCAUCUCCAUCGCUGCCGUUCUGCUAUCUUCUUCCUCCGGAGGCAACAUGGCAGCUCCCGCCGCGGUCAACCCGUCCGAGAUGGGCAGUGAGUUGCCAGGGACAGUAGGGAUGGCCGGAGCAGUUGGUGCUGGCCAGGUUAGGAUGGGAGGUGCUGUGCCAGGCCGUGGGGGCAAGAGGAGAUCAGGAGGAAUGGACUUUGAUGAUGAAGAUGGAGAGGGACCUAGCAAAUUUUCAAGAGAGAACCACAGUGAGAUUGAGCGACGCAGACGCAACAAAAUGACUCAGUACAUCACAGAGUUGUCGGACAUGGUCCCUACCUGCAGCGCCCUAGCCCGGAAACCUGACAAGCUUACCAUCCUGCGUAUGGCUGUCUCCCACAUGAAAUCCAUGAGGGGCACUGGAAACACAUCCACUGAUGGGGCCUAUAAGCCCUCCUUUCUCACUGAACAGGAACUCAAACAUCUGAUUCUGGAGGCGGCGGACGGAUUCCUGUUUGUUGUCGCAGCAGAGACGGGCCGAGUCAUCUAUGUGUCUGACUCAGUGGUGCCGGUGCUGAACCACCCCGUAUCCGAAUGGUUUGGCAGCACUCUGUAUGAGCAGGUCCACCCCGACGAUGUUGACAAGCUGAGGGAACAGCUGAGCACCACAGAGAACUCCAUGACAGGACGGAUUUUGGACCUAAAGACAGGAACAGUGAAGAAGGAGGGACAGCAAUCCUCCAUGAGGAUGUGCAUGGGAUCCCGACGCUCCUUCAUCUGCCGCAUGAGGUGCGGCAGUGCUCCUCUGGAUCACAUCUCCCUAAACCGUCUGUCGAACAUGAGGAAGAGAUACAGGAAUGGCCUUGGACCAUCAAAAGAAGGAGAAGCUCAGUACUCUGUGGUGCAUUGCACUGGCUACAUCAAAGCCUGGCCCCCUGCAGGUAUGACUAUACCAGAAGAAGAUACAGAGGCGGGUCAGACCGGGAAGUACUGCCUAGUGGCCAUCGGAAGACUGCAGGUGACCAGUUCUCCGGUCUCCAUGGAUAUGAAUGGCCUGUCGGUGCCCACAGAGUUCCUGUCACGUCAUAACUCAGAUGGCGUCAUCACUUUCGUUGACCCGCGCUGUAUCAACGUCAUUGGUUAUCAGCCUCAGGACCUGUUAGGAAAAGAUAUUCUGGAGUUCUGUCAUCCUGAGGAUCAGAGUCACCUGAGAGAAAGUUUCCAACAGGUGGUGAAGUUGAAGGGACAAGUUCUGUCAGUGAUGUAUCGUUUCCGAAUGAAGAACAGAGAGUGGAUGUUGAUCCGAACAAGCAGUUUCACCUUCCAGAACCCAUACUCUGACGAGAUAGAGUACAUCAUCUGCACCAACACCAACGUCAAGCAGUUACAGCAGCAGCAGCAAGCAGAGCUGGAAGUUCACCAGAGAGAUGGACUAACUGCCUACGAUCUCUCCCAGGUGCCUGUGGCCAGCGUCAGCAGUGGAGUCCAUGAGGCAGGAAAGAACAUCGACAAGACAGAGGCUCUGUUCUCCCAGGAGAGAGACCCACGCUUUGCUGAGAUGUACACCGGCAUCUCUGGCUCGGGAGAUAAGAAAAUGAUGGUUCCCUCCUCCACAGCUGGAGGACAGCAGCUCUACUCCCAGGGCUCUCCUUUCCAGCAGGGACACUCUGGCAAAAGCUUCAGUUCAUCUGUGAUCCACGUCCCUGGUGUUAAUGAUAUCCAGCCAUCAGGUUCAUCCAAUCAGAAUCUAGCUCAGAUUUCUAGGCAGCUCAAUCCAGGCCAGGUUGCAUGGUCAGGCAACAGACCCCCCUUCUCGGGACAGUCCAGUAAAGCCCAGUCCAGUCCAUUUGGCAUUGGUUCUGGCCACAGCUACCAGACCGACCCGGCCUCCUACAGUCCUCUGUCAUCACCAGCCACUUCCUCUCCUAGUGGCAACGCUUACUCAGGACUGACAAACCGCAGCACAGCAUUUGAUGUGUCGGGGGAAAGCAGUCAGAGUGGAGCCCAGUUCCAGGGUCGUCCGAGCGAAGUCUGGUCCCAGUGGCAGAACCAGCAUCACUCCCAGCAGCCGGGGGAACAGCACACACACCCCAACCCCAGCCAGACAGAAGUCUUCCAGGACAUGUUACCCAUGGCUGGAGAUCCCACUCAGGGAACAGCCAACUACAACAUUGAGGACUUUGCUGACCUCGGCAUGUUCCCACCCUUCUCUGAGUAACCAGCCCCCCUUCUCUGUGUGUUUCUCUCUCUCUUUCUAUCACUCCCCCUCUCAGAACUAGACUAAUGUUUUCAUUCAUCGCUCAUGUUCUGUCUCGUUUUUUCUACCACCAUCGGUCAAAAGUUCAGCAACACUCCCAUUUUUCCAGUUUUUAUGAAAUUUCAUCAGUUCAAGUCCAGUGAAUAAGCUUCAGUGGAACAAAGGUCAGCAACAAACUGGCCUAGAUAAAUGAAAAAGAAAGAUCUAGGAGGUAAUUCUGCAUAUUUCUAUCAGAAUGGUUAGAAAAGGAAAACAAAUGAAGACGGACAUAGCUUUAUCCUACAACAACAUAAUGACAUGAAAAUUGAAUUAUUAUUAUUAUUAUUAUUAUUAUUGAUAAGAACAGAAGCAGACAGAUGCUUCACAUGAGGAAGAGCAGCACGAGGUUUGAUGAAGGGGACAGAGGAUGAAACUAAAACUAAAAUGUUAGUGGUGAAACUGUGUAUUUUUCUGAACAAUGUUUCAUCUCCAUUGCAGAAAGAACAUCAUGAGUGUGUUUGUCUGCUGGAGAUUAUAUUGAGUUAAAAAACAUUCCCAUGAUCUAUCCUGUAAAAAAAAAAAAAAGACAUUGUUUUUGUUCGAUGCUUUAAUUUCAAAAAUGGAGGUGUUGUAAAACAUUUGACCCGCAGUCUAUCUUACUGGGUGACACAUACACACACAGAUGAUGUGCAACACAGUGAAUGUCUGGGUGCACUUGUCAUUCACACACACAGCCCUCGGCGUUUGCCCCUCCCCGAGGCCUACAGUAUGUAUCUGUGAAAAUACACAUACCUCAUUGCUGUUAGGAGGAGCACUGCGGUCAGAUGGAAGGAACACGAGCUAGCAUCAGUCUAUCAGCUGUUUGUCUGUCGUCACAGGGAUGGACAUUGUCUCGAGCCUUUAUAACAAGCAGUUGAAAUCUGUAGCUCUCGGCAGUCAGCAGCACAACCAGAGGAGGACAGCCAACAGGUUCCAGCUGGACGUGUCAGACACUGGUUGAGUAUUGUCAAGAUUAUACACUUCCUCUCUUUUAGAUCCGAUAAGAGGAGGUUUCAAUAAACCUCCAUGUCCCCCAGACAUCAUUUCUCUCAGCUGCUCACGCAGGUGACCACCAUUUAUGACAUAUUUUCAAGAUGGAAUAAUGAUAUCUGAGGAAAAAACUCAACAGAAAAUUUAAAGUUUUUGAUGCUCUGUCAUGUAGAAAUACACAGGGUGACUAUUUAAUAAAUUAAUAUUGCUCCCGAGCUGUUGAAUUAGAUUGACUUUUAAUGUGAUGCAGAAAAUUCACACUUGUUUCUGGUCAAAUGAAAUAUCUGCAAUAAAUCUGGCCUGAUAAUUAUUUUGGAUUUAAUAUUUCACUCGUGCAGCUGACAGGUAAAAGCAUCCACAUGUCAAUGAAGUGUAAAUAGGCUAAAGUUACACCAUAGGGAUUCAUCAUUACUUAUCUACGGAGGAAUUUAGGUCUGCUUUUCCAGUAAAGUUUCCCAAAUGUUUGAGACUUCAACUCAACUGGGAUUGAGAGCAUUACCACCAGCUUUUUACACUUCCUGUAAAACAUGAUUUGCUGUGUGAGCACACAGGUUAACACAUAGUCACCAGUGCAUUAGAACGGCUGGUGUCUGUCACAGCUCAACAAUGUCAGGCAGUGGAAGUGUAACUAAAAGAUGUCAGCUCAGUCAUGUUCAUUGUGAUUGCAGAAAAAUUGUGUCUGUGUGCUCGUGCACAUAUUUUCAUGAUGACCUAACAAAAUGGAAACUGUUCUUUAAGUCAGCUGACGACUGUAGGAAUAGUUCUGCUAUUUGAAUCGCAAUUUAUGAUUUGGACCGCCAGUGUCAGCCCAGACAGGAUGUCAUUUACCUCACACUACAAUAGGACCCAUACACUAGUAGGAGACUAGUUACCUCCUGGUAAAACCUGCAGUGACUGUAGAGAGCAUCAGUGGACAACAAUAGGGAUGUCAAUGACGAGAAGUAAAAUGUCUGAGCGCUGAAGACAUUCACCUCCAUCUGCCUGGUGCCGCCUCUCACGCACCAUCACUGACUCUGCCAAACAGCAGCAGGUGAGGAGAUGCUGCUGCACUCCACCUGCUGCUGACCUCACUCUCUCCGUCAACCUUAUGAUACUAUACUAUAUGUAGUGAUGUCCAGAUGCGAGCACCGAAGGAUUCUAUGUAUACAUGAAACAAAAAAGAAUGAAAUAAACUCAUUGCAGACAGUUAUUAAGCAAAGGCUUAAAGUGCACUUCAUGAAGCUAACUGCUAAUCUCACCAGCCUGCUUUAUAAGGGAAAAACCGCCAUACCGUCCAAGCAAAUCGCAGUAUUUACUAGUGUAUUUGGUGUUCUUCAGCUCUCGCUACUUGACUUAAUUACUUUAUAAUCUUUUCAACUAUUAAGAGACUGAAUAAUACUUUCUAGCAGGGGAGCUUUUACAUGAUAGAUUGUAUAAUGUCCCUGACAGACGGAUGGAUAAGCGUGAACAGACGUCGAAUCAUUUUGCUAAAGAUCUCAAAUUGAUGUUUUCUUUUUGUAAAUAAUGUGAUUUUUAUGUCGACUCGUGUUACUUUCACACAGUACAUGUUCUUUUGUGUAGGUUUUAAUGAUAUUGUGUGCAAUGUGACUACAUAUUUAACUAUUGGUAUUUAGUUAGUCUGUUCAUUGUACAUUGAGUUCUAGACCUGUACAAAUGGUGUAAAUGUGACCCAUUAUUUUUGUGUAACAAAUUGUGCUUGUGACAAUAAAUUCUUAUUGGUUA